AUGGUAAACUCCCCUUUGUCGAGGAGCGACGGCCGCCCCCGACGGGCGUGCUCUUUCUGUACGAGACGUAAAAUUCGAUGCUCUAAAGAGACACCUAAAUGUUCGGCGUGCGAAGUGCGGAACCGAACCUGUCGCUACAAUGAUCAGUUGCUUGAAUCGACUCAGUCGCCACACUCACAGGCCAGUGGUAGUAGUGGUGUCGUGGUUCUGCCGGCCGAAGUUUAUGACGUUUGGCCGCCGACUUUUUUGCCGAGAGCAAGUCUCCAGGCUGCUGCUAUCCGAUUUAUGGACCAUGGCCUCUACCUUCGUAGCCAGGCUCAGACUAGCAUUCCAACCGUUACCGAAUUGGAUCCAAUUCCUGGCUAUCUACGGCCAUUGCUAAGCAACAUAUCAGCUCUGCGUCAGACGGCAAUCUCUUACUAUCGACUUGCGAGUCGAUGGCUGCCCAUCAUUUCGAGGAGAAAGAUAUUCAACCAGCUGUUGAACCCUUUGCUACCCCUUCGUGCUGAUGCAGUGUUCCUGCUUCUAUGCAUGAAACUAAUCAUAACACAGCCUCACUUGGAACCCUUUUCUUGGCCCAGUGAGUAUUAUGCGGCCGUACGAUACCGUAUGGAACUCGAACUUGCCGGGCUGGCAUCGCUGGAGAUUCUCCAGGGCUGUAUCCUGCUUGGAGCUUAUGAACAGGGAAAUGCCAUCUAUCCAGCCGCGCACACUUCCAUCGGAAUCUGUCUCAAGCAUGCGUCAGCGUUGGGAAUGGGCUGGACCUACUCAACGCCGUCGAAUAUCGAUGCUGAAGAGCGGAACAGGGGCUGGUGGGCUAUAUUUCUGCUUGAGCGGUGA